AUGAAUUAUAACGGCAUGAAUUAUAACGGCAUGAAUUAUAACGGCAUGAAUUAUAACGGCAUGAAUUGUAACGGCAUGAAUUGUAACGAAAUGAAUUGUAACGGCAUGAAUUAUAACGGCAUGAAUUGUAACGGCAUGAAUUAUAACGGCAUGAAUUGUAACGGCAUGAAUUAUAACGGCAUGAAUUGUAACGGCAUGAAUUAUAACGGCAUGAAUUGUAACGGCAUGAAUUAUAACGGCAUGAAUUGUAACGGCAUGAAUUAUAACGGCAUGAAUUGUAACGGCAUGAAUUAUAACGGCAUGAAUUGUAACGGCAUGAAUUAUAACGGCAUGAAUUGUAACGGCAUGAAUUAUAACGGCAUGAAUUGUAACGGCAUGAAUUAUAACGGCAUGAAUUGUAACGGCAUGAAUUAUAACGGCAUGAAUUGUAACGGCAUGAAUUAUAACGGCAUGAAUUGUAACGGCAUGAAUUAUAACGGCAUGAAUUGUAACGGCAUGAAUUAUAACGGCAUGAAUUGUAACGGCAUGAAUUAUAACGGCAUGAAUUGUAACGGCAUGAAUUAUAACGGCAUGAAUUGUAACGGCAUGAAUUAUAACGGCAUGAAUUGUAACGGCAUGAAUUAUAACGGCAUGAAUUGUAACGGCAUGAAUUAUAACGGCAUGAAUUGUAACGGCAUGAAUUAUAACGGCAUGAAUUGUAACGGCAUGAAUUAUAACGGCAUGAAUUGUAACGGCAUGAAUUAUAACGGCAUGAAUUAUAACGGCAUGAAUUAUAACGGCAUGAAUUAUAACGACAUGAAUUAUAACGGCAUGAAUUGUAACGGCAUGAAUUAUAACGACAUGAAUUGUAACUAA